AAACAUUUCAGUAUAAUAACGGAAUAUAAUGCUCUUUCUUAUAAAUAUCCAUCUAAAACAUAUUUAUGCCGUCUUAGAAAAAUAAGCCAAAAAGCAACAAUAUGUGAACACAUUGAUGCAAGCUACUUAGGAAAAACACUUUCGUUUAAUUCAUAUGACGUUAUUAAUGGAAAAGAUAACAUAAUUAAUAUAAAACGUUCAAAAAAUUCAAAACAUACAGUUACUAAAUUAAAAUAUAGGGAUUUAUCUUUUGGUAGAAAUACCUGUCAUAUUGUAAAAACGAAAUAUAUUGAAGAGAACAAAUGCAUGUAUCAUUUAUGUGAAGUUGUAAAUGGUCAUUUAUCAUGUUUUAAUGCAUAUUAUAGCGGAAGAUUAAUUUUUAUAGAUGACAUUUUAUAUAGCGCUAUAGAAAAAAGAAAAUUUUUAUAUCUUCCAGGUAGUUGCUUAACAAAAGAUUCAAAUUUUAUAUGUGAUCCACAACUUUGCCAAUACAAUAGUACACAGAAAUUAACUUCAUGUGAAAAACUAGAAAUUAGUUCUAUAAAAAAUAUAAUUCCAAGUCGAGGAACAUUAGAACCUGCACCAACAUAUAUGCCUAUAAGUCAUGAAAAUAGACCUAGUACAUCUAUUCUUCUUGCGACAUCUUUUAUGCCCUUCCUAGUUAUGCUUGUUUUUAUUUGGUGCUUUGUAUAUAAAUUUCUUAGAAGUCGUAAAAGUAAGUUGUUCAUAAACAUUUCAGUAUAA